GAAGCUUGUAACUUCUUAUCAUAUCUAUUUCCUUAUCUUUUUUUUUCUCUCUCUCUUUUUAUUGUACUUAAGAAUCUACAUUUUUUUUUCUAUCUUUUCUUCUAUUAUUUAUUUAUGACACUUCAAUCAAAAUCACAAGACCUGGGGUUUCCCACUUAUAUGACUGCAUGUGCAGUGAUUGCUGCAUUUUCAGGGUUCAAUGUUGGGUGGCAUAUUAGUAAAAAUAGAUAUAUGAGUAAUACAAUUUACUGAUAAGCUUUAAAAAAAGGUGUUCCAAAUAUGCCUGAAAGAGUCAUUAUAGGUGUUGUAAAUGAUGAUGAAUCUUAUCAUUGUCUUCCAGGCACAAAUGAAUCUGGUCCAUUAGUAGGCUGUUUACCUAUGGAUAGCUAUACAUGGGGCUAUACCAUUGGUGCAUUUGCGAUUGGUGGUUUCUUUGGCAGUCUUGCUAGUAAAUACUUGAAUGUGUGGUUUGGUCGUCGAGAUAAUAUCAUGAUCUCAUGUAUCUGGAUGAUUCUUGGUGGUAUCUUAUCUGCUUGUGCUAUCAAUCUCGGCAUGUAUUCCGUGGGUCGUGCUUUUGUCGGUUUUGCAUCAGGCAUGUGUGGUUCUUCUGUUGCGAUCUAUGUAUCUGAAAUCUCAACAAACAAAAGUCGUGGUGCUCUUGGCUCACUGUUUGAACUCUUUUUGAAUCUCGGAAUCUUAUUGACACAGAUCUGUGGACGAUACAUGGCCUUUGCACCUGCUUGGCGAUUCUUAUGGGCCAUUCCUACCGUUUUAUCUGCUGUUCAACUGGCGUGUUUGUAUUUCUUCACAGUUGAAUGUCCUCGUCGGUUAUGUGCAAAUAAGAAAUACGAUGAAGCAUGUAAUACCCUUCAAAAACUUCGCUCAGGUGCUGAUGUAGAAGAAGAAUUUGGCACUUUACUUGCUGCUCGUCAACGUGAAGCUGAAUCAGCACAGAAACAAAUGUCCAUUUGGGAUAUUGUCUCCUGUAAAGACAGGCAUAUUAGCUGGAAUACAGUGAUUGUCAUGGUCAUUCAAGCCUUUAAUCAAAUUGGUGGUAUUGGUCCAAUGUCUGUUUAUUCCGUUGGCUUUUUCACUACUAUCUUUGGUGAUGCUACCCUGGCUACCAAUAUCUCACUUGCUGAUGCCUCUGUUAAUAUUUUGGCUACAUUAAUUGCUGUUGUCUUUAUGCAUAAAGUAGGUCGAAAAGGCUUUAUGUUGAUCUCCACGGGGGGUACUUGUAUUGCUUCUGUCAUGAUGGUCCUUGGUUCAACACUCGAGAACUCAAAUGGCGCACAAGGCAUUGGUGGUCUUGCUAUUGCUGCUGCUAUUCUGUUUACAGGUUCCUAUAGUAUGGGCUGUGGUGUCAUUCCGUGGCUGAUUGCACCCGAACUCUUGCCUAUGCACGCCCUUGCUGCUGGUUCUGCUCUCGGUAAUUCUUCAAAUUGGCUGUUUAAUUUUGUGAUCAAUACUGUCUGGCCACAUAUGAACCAAGGGCUUGGUACCUAUAGUUUUAUCGUAUUUGUCGUCAUCAACUUGUUUGGUUUCUUGUUUCUUGCUUUCUUUAUGCCUGAGACAACUGGCCAUGACCUUGAUCAACACAAAAAGAAGGCCGAAGAUGUUGAGAAGAUGGAUGUUUCUUCUGAUAAUACCCUUGAAAAGCCACAGCAUUUUGAUCAUGUCUAGAAUUCCUCUUUCUCUAUUGUAAAUUUAUUGAUUCCCCUAUUAAAUUUUUGUAAUAAAUUUUCGUUUGUAUAAGCUGACAAAGUAUAAAGUGAUGACAAAUUGGCGGGUUUCUUUGUUUACCAAACAGUUAUGCAAUGUAUAUAAAAGGUCAAAUGAAAUUGGCGGGCAAAUAACAUUUC